GUAGUGCUGAAUGGAACGGAAGGAGGGGGGAGAUCAUACAUUAACUCCUACUGGCUGCAGGGACUCUCCAGUUAAUAGAAGCCAAGACAGAGAACAGGGAACACUAAGAACACUGACAGCUUUUGAGAAACAAAAAAAUACGACAAAUGAAACCCAAAAGAACGUCAACUUAAUUUUUUUUCCUCUUAUUUGCCAAACCGGGGGAUUUUACGCACCGCGCAAGAGUAAAGAUAACGCUGCAGAGAUGAGUGUUGCGCGGUUCUACAUGCUUCUAAAGGACCCCCUCUCCUGAUAAAGGGACCAAAGAGGACAAAAAAAAGGCUGUCCAUGAUAUUUUCCAAAAGAAGAUCGCAAAGGUGGAGCGAUUAGAGAAGGGCUGAUGACGGGACUAUUAAUCCUUUCAGUGCAUCAAAAGCACCAAAGGGUAUUAGAAACGUUUGGAUGGAAAUCGGGCGAGUGUUUAGAACUGUUUUUGGUUUUAUAUGAAACUGGUGAUUAGUUGUUGUGAAAUAUCAGCAAGGAUUCCUUUUUUUUUUUUUUUUUAAUUGUUUUUCCCAGGAGUAAAUUUGCUUUUACAUUUUCUUUUCCAGCAAAAAGAUUGUAUGGUAUGAGCACUUUUCCGUUGUGAAUCUUCAGAAACUCUCAAUCUUUUUUUUUUUCUCUCCAAGUAUUCCUAAAUCUAAAUGGAAUUAGUUGAGUCUGAAGCCGUUUGUGAAAGGAACAGACAUGGUACAUGGACACAGCUUCCAUCACGUUGUUGCAAGUCUUCUCAUACUUGGGUUGUCUGGGGCAACAAAGAAGGAUACAGCAGUGAAAAACAAUUCUGGAGUAAAACCUGCAGGUCAAUGUGGAACAUGGGUGAAGGAACCAGAAGGAGGGCUCUUCACUUCUCCCAAUUACCCAAACAAAUACCCUCCAGACACAGAGUGUGUUUACAUCCUUGAAGCUCCUCCAAGACAGUGUAUUGAUCUACACUUUGAGGAGAAUUAUUCAAUCGAGUCCUCUUGGGAAUGUAAAUUUGACAACAUCGAGGUCCGGGAUGGGCCAUUUGGCUUCUCCCCAAUGCUCGGACGAUACUGUGGUCAGCACAACCCGCCUGAUAUCAGGAGUAGCGGCCGAUACCUGUGGAUAAAAUUUGUUACAGAUGGUGAACUGGAAGCGGUGGGAUUUUCAGCAAGUUACAACUUUACUGCAGAUCCAGAUUUUGCAGACUUGGGAGUCCCUCCACCUCUGCCCUCAUGUCAGUAUGACAUGGUUGGUCCAGAAGGUAUCGUUGAGUCUCAUCAGAUCACGAGAGAUGGGAAGGCUGGCGCAGCGGAGGCCGUCGACUGUAAAUGGUACAUCCGUGCUCCGCCUCGCUCUAAGAUCUACCUGCGUUUUCUGGACUAUGAGAUGGCCAAUUCCAAUGAAUGCAAGCGCAAUUUUGUGGCGGUGUAUGAUGGUGGCAGUUCAGUGGAAGACCUGAAAAGCAAGUUCUGCUCUACAGUGGCCAAUGACAUCAUGCUGGUUUCCACACUGGGCGUCAUCCGUAUGUGGGCAGAUGAGGCCAGUCGCAAGAGUCGCUUCCGCAUCCUUUUCACAACCUACCAAGAACCUCCUUGUGAUGCAGAUGCCUUCUUCUGUCACAGUAACAUGUGCAUAAACAACACACUGGUGUGUAAUGGCAUGCAGAACUGUGUCUACCCCUGGGAUGAAAACCAAUGUAAAGAGAAGAGGAAAGCCAACAUCCUCGACAACCUGAACAACACGAACGGGACCAUAAUUGGUGUCACAUGUUGCAUUGUCCUCAUCCUGCUCAUCGUCUCUGUCAUCGUCCAAAUCAAGCAGCCACGUAAAAAGUACAUCCUUCGUCGUGAGGACUUUGACCCCACCAUGUUUCAGGAGGUCUUUGAGCCGCCUCACUAUGAGCUGUGUACUUUACGGAGUGCCACCACAGCCGCAGCAGCCUCAGCAGAUUUAGUGGACUUAGCGGAAGACUUUGAGAACUACCACGCCCUUCGCCGUGCCUCCUCACGCUGCGUCCAUGAUCACCACUGUGGCUCCUCCUCCAACCCUGGUUCCGCCCACUUGUCCCAGCUGUCACUCAGCGGCCGCGGUAGCCGUGGAAAUUUGAGCGGCCGAGAUGCAACGGCCGCCACUCUGCUUACAGACCUCCCACAGCCGCCGAUGGCAGUGCGGCCUUUGCUGCCAACCACAGGAAACCGUAGGAGCAUCUUGGUCAUGAAGCACAGCUACUCACAAGAGGCAGCGGACAAUGGGUGUGACCUGGACGACGACCUGGAAGAAGUUCCCACCACCAGCCACCGGCUUUCACGCCACGAAAAGGCAGUACAGCGGUUCUGCCUCAUUGGCUCUUUGAGCAAACAUGAAUCAGAGUACAACACAACUAGGGUCUAAGAGACAAUCUCAAGGUAAGCACCCUUAUCCAACAAUCAACAUCUUUAUAUGUUGUGUAGUCAUCAUUUGCCCAGUCAGUAUAUACUUUUAUGUAAGUUUUUUUUUUUUUUUUUCCUUUUCUGUGAUUUUUGCAGUUUAUAUUUUAUUUUUUUAAUUGUUCAUUUUCACCAAGAUGGUUCUCCUGCUUGCGGCCAUCUUGUUUACUGAGUUUGUUUGAAGUCUCUGUUAUGCUCAAGUUUGCUGUAUGCCCUCUACACCCGAGGACAUACUGUACAUUGUGUUAUUCAGUGGAUAUUCAUUAGCAUGGACCUUUUUUAAUCAUCUUUAGUUGAUAUGUCUAACCUCUCAACUUCUCUCCCAGUAGGCCUACAGUAAAUACAUUAAAAUAAUACUUGUGUCAAGGCCACCUAAAAGCACAAAAAGAGAACACAAUCUCAGAUAUUUUAAUUAACUCCUUCUUUGCAGUACAUUCAGUGUUGUACUUUAAGUACUAAAAUAGCACAUUAAUCAAGUUAAACAUGCCAAUAAUGUUCUUGUAAUUUACAAGUCAUCAAUGAUUGCACAUUUAUACAAAUUUCCUCUGUAGUUUUGCAUGAUUUAUGUCACUUGUAGUAUUUGAUUUUGUGUUUGGUUAAUUGUGACGCAUAGUAUUUAUGGCUUUGUGUAACAUUUUAUGUGUGUGCGCCACAAUUAUGCAUCCAUGAAGUUGCCAAAAUAGCACAAUGUAACAAAUUGAUAUGACAAAUUCCAUCUAGAAAUUGUUAACUAAUAACAAUAGAUGCAAAGCUUUAGACAGUUAUGCUUGCAGCUUUGUGUUUGCAUUUAAAUGGAGCAGUCACAUAAAGUGCUACCCAUUGUUUUGUCGUUUAGUGUGAAAAAUGUGCUGUCCUGUUGUGUGUGUCUGCUUAUGUUCUACAUUAUGUUGCAUUGUCUCCAUCAUGUAGACUUCUUGAGAAUAGUGCAAUCCUGGAUCAGUACGAACGGGCAUCACUGACAUAUGAAAAAGCGGAACGGAGAUUUACACCAGCAUGAUGCUGAUGAUGAAGGGACACGUUGACGAAUGGAUAUUGAGUAUGAAUUUGUGUGCAAAGAUAAAAAAAAAAAAGGACUAGAUGAACAAACUUCAGCUGCAAAGAUCCGAACUGGGAAUUUUUUUCUUGAAAACUAGUCAGCUCUGUACUCUAAUGUAGAGGAUCCAGAUUUUUUUUGUCUCGCCGGAAAGAUAUGGACCUUUUAGAAAGAACACGAACUUAAAAUUUGAAUCUGAGACGUAAGUCAGAAACUUAUCUGUCAUCAUCAUAGAUUUCUCAUUGAUAAUCAAACUAAUGUGAUCAAGCAUCUUUGAUUUUUCAGCAUGCAUUUUUCAAAUGAGUAGCAUACAUACUAUGAUUUAAAUAGCAAAUUAUAGAUGCCUGCAGUUUGGUCAAAUUUAGGAUGAUAGAUUUUAUUUGCUUAGUGAAAAAUUGGAUUAUAAUUCAACUAAUUGCUAACAAAAUUAAGUUGUAAUACUGAAGAAGGUUAAAAUUUUGUAACAAAACAUGGCCCACUUGUAUGGCUUGUGCAUGCUUCUUUGAUAUCCAUUAAAACAUUAACACAUUAAAAUUAACCUGUAAAAGCCCCCCAUUUACUAAUACUUUGUCAUAUGGACAAAAGAAAUAUUGAUAAAAGCAUUUAUUUAAUUGCAUUGCAUGCCUUUGCUUAGCUUAAUCAUUAGAUAAGUCCUGUGCUAAUAAAUCUAAUUCAUUUUUAAAUGAACACGGCGCUGCCUUUUGGAAUAUGUUGAUUUUUUUUUUUCACAGGCAUCUUUAUUUUGACAAAGAAUAAUUGUUUUUUUGGCAAACAUGUUCACUUAAAGUCUGUUUGUCUUAUAACUCUUCUACUGUAGGAGCUUGAUAUCUUUGUAACAGACUUUUAUACAAGGGCAAAUUGACAGAAUGACAGUUUUUAAAGUUAUUAAAAUUAUCUUUCAGGGCUGGUUUUAUUGAUGCUUUGUAAAAUAAUUAACAAUAAAGCUUCACCUCUUUUGUUUGUGUUAAUGCUGUUUGGUCAGUAGUUAUUCUGCCCCCUUGACUGUUUUCUCAAAACGUCAGUACAAAUCAUCCAUAUAUCACAUUCUGUUUAGGUAUUUGUUUAUUUCUUGUGGGUGGAUUGCUUUAAAGAUGAACUAAAGUGCCAGAAAGGUUUGUUUCACUGAACAGAACAAUGCAAUGAGUUAACAAAAAACAAACAAAACAAAACAAAAAAAAACCCUAGGUAAUCACAACUAUCAUUAAAAACCUUUUGUGUUUGUCCUGAAGAGAUUAACCUUGUGUAGUAAUGCAGACAGUUUCAGAAAAAUAUCAGCCUCACUCUCUAAAAAUAGACACUUUUAUUUGUUUAAUUAAAACAGAAUAGCUUGUAUUAUAAGGAGAGUAAGAACAGUGAAUCAGUUCUGAGCACAAAUAUAUGAACACACAGUUCAUACAUAAUACACACACUUACAUAAACCAUGUCUUUGUUAUUGCUCUUUGUCAUUGUCCAAAUAUCUAUUUUCUUCUUAUGCAUCAAUGUUAUGGUAUUUGCCAUCUAUGUGUACAUUAUUUUUUUGUAUUCAAUGUAUGUGUUAUUUCCAUCCAUUCUCUCCUCUCUCUUUUGUCUCCAUACACACAAUCAUACGCUGACACAUAUUCCUGCAGAUACUGAAUAAAAUAUUUUUGUUUUCUAUA